AACCAAUCACAGCGUUUGUUUGGGUUUUCGUGAUAUUCGUUACUCGGUUGCUUAGCUAUACGUUCUAGUGUGCUUGAAAAGACCAUUGCAGUCUUUUAAAAAGUAAUGGUAAGAGAGCUUAUUGUUAAUAAAAUGUCAGCUUAUAAAAUGACAGCUGAAUUGAUUUGCCUUCACCAUUAAAAUGAGCCUAGCACCGCGCAGCGGAUCGUUUCGCGCACCGCAGCAGAGCUGUCCUGUGACUGCGCUGGAUGAAUCAUUCACCAGCUUCAACAUGAGCAGCAGUUGCAGUUCAGGAGAAUCCUUACAGGAGGCAGAUUCAAUAAUCUCACAGAAAGAAGAUGUGAAGAAUUACAGUAUGAUGAAUCCUGCAGAGAAACUGUCACUUUGUGAGAGACGAGCGCAGUCUUUGGCUGAUAGUGAAGAGCAUGACCCCUGUAUUCAAGAGCUUGUGCGUUGCCUUGCACUGACCAGACUGGUUUAUGGAAAUGAGCAUUUUGCAGUGGCCCAAGCCCAGUCAAAACUGGCUAAAGCUUACUUGCAAUACAAAGGCUGGGCACAGCAGGCACAAAAACAUGCGUCCCAAGCACUUGAAGUACUCCGUUCCAGUCAGCAGGAGGAGAGAGUGAGCUGCCUAAACUGCUUUCUUACCAUACAUCAGACUCUUGGAAGUGCUGCUCUACUGCUUGGAAACUUAGCAGAGGCUGAGUCAAACUUUCAGAAGGCAGAGAUAGUCACGGGAGACAUUGUAGCACAAGAAGCCAUGGGGAAGGAGGACAGAGUGGACACUGAGUAUGAAAUUUUUACAAAUUUAGCAAGGGUGUACCAGCGGCAGGGAAGGCCUGAGAAGGCCCUCAGUCAAUGUGAAAGAGCCUUGGAGAUGCUUCAGGAAGGAGCUCAGCUCAGUCGGAUCUGCUUUGUUUACAGAAACAUGGCAGCCAUUGAACAGGCACAGGGACAUCUGGAUAGAGCCAUUGAGCAUCUCCAACAGGCUCAUUCCAUUGCUCUUAGUCAGAGUCCCGGGGGUCUGGAGGGGGCCCAGAUCGCUCAUAGCUUGGCUCUGGCCUAUUCUUCCACUUCAGAGCCUCAUCACAAUGAUUCAGCAGCACGCUUUUUUGAGGAGUGUAUAAGUGCAUAUAGAAGUGCACUAGGCCAACAGGACACACUCACCUUAUCUGCCCAAGAUGACUUCAGUCAUUUCCUCCUACUCACAGGACAACAGGAGAGAUGCGCUGAGAUCCAAAGAGAGUCUCUGUCUCUUAAGAAGAGCACGUUUGGUGAACUGAGUGCCGAGGUUGCAGAAGCGCUGCAGCUGAUUGGUGGAGUGGAGAUGGCACAGGGUCAGAUGAGACACGCCUACCGGACACUCAAGAAGUGUCUGGAUAUUCAAAGUAUGCUGUAUGGUCCUCAGCACAAGAAAACCAAAGCCACACAAAGAACUGUGGACAUGCUGUCUCAGUCACCAGAGGUCAGUGAGAGACGCAAGGAGAGUCGUCUUGAAACAAGGCCUCCAUUCUGUGCAGUGGUAUCAUCUGCAUCUGAGGUGGCAUCUAGUAUGUCUUGCUCGUAACAGCAAGUGACCAGCAGGCCGAUCUAAUGAACUUGCAUGGACUUUCAGGGAGGUUUGACCUCAUCCUAUUUCACCAAGGAAAAUCUGUGGAUUGGAAAAAGCAAGGCAGUAUUUCUAGAACAGCACACAAACUCAAUAGUUUCUUUAAUCUCUGUUGCUGAGUCAUAGAGUGCUUGGCAAGGUGACUACCUCUGCACUUCAAAAGAUGAGAACUGUCCAGUAGUGAUCUAAUACACCAUCACAGCAGUUUCUGCAAAUAUUCCCCAACUGGUGAGCUGCAGGCAUCUAUAGAAAAGAGUUUUCUUUCUUAUAUUAUUUCUAAGAAUUGAGCUGAAUUCACAACAUGAACUCUGUAGGGGUUUGUUUAUUGUGUUUGCAUGUAAACCAGUGUCCAGACAGUAAGCAGACUAGUCUUUUUUAAGAGUAAAACAGCACACAAAAAACCCCUUUUGUGAAUUUUCAUUUUGCAAAAAUACAUCUGUAAUCUGCCAGCCCAAACCAAUCUUUGCUAUGGUAGUAAAUCAUGUUUAGCAAACUGUAAAUCUGUAGAUGCACAAAAUGAGGUUUCACACAGUGAUGGCUGAAUCAUAAAACUCUAUGCAUAGAUUUAAACAAAGAUCGGCAGGUCCUGAAACACCAUCUUAAGGUAUGCAGAUAAAUGAUUGGAAAUGGUUAAUAAUGAUCCUUAAUAACUUGUGUAUCUGUUAACACAGUGUUUCCCAACCUUUAUGUUGUGUAAUGAGUAAGACUCAAAUACCCCUUCAUCAACACAAACCAGAAAUGGGUUUUUUUCAGCUUGUAUUAUACUGGAUAUCAUUUAAGUCACUUAAAUGUGAAAAGUCAUAUUGUGAGUGACACUUAUAUUCUCAUUAAAAACAAAUGUAAAAACUCAUACAUAUUAAAUGAGAUUAAGCACCAUUGGUUAUUAAAGUUUAAUAAAGUCAAAUCAAAUUAAUUCAAACUUGUUUAAGAACCCCUGGGAUCACUGUGUUAACAUAUUAUAUUGAGGAUCUCAUUUCUAGAUCUUUGAUAGUUUAUGAUAAUACAGACAUGAAAAGCUACUUGAAAAUUAUAUGUUAAAUCAUUAAAUGAAGUUGAAAUGUUACAUG